AUGCCCCCCCACGCUCCCAAACAAAAAGACCAAGGUUUGGCAAGUGCCGGAACUCGUUCCACGAAAACCCAUACUUCCAAGGCCAACAAAAUGUCGAAGAAAAACAAAAUGCUGGAGCCGAAUCCCUCCAAAAAGACCUCCAAUGGCAACGCUGUCUCGCAUCAAGUACUCGAUUGCGUCUCGAUACCAACUGGCAAAUCCCGUGAUGACGUGCAAGCAAUGAACAUUGCACACGUGGAAGCGCGGCUGAGGGCAGCGGCUGGCAAAAGUAGUGUCCAGGAUUCCGUCCCUGCUUUGCCUGACCAGACAAAUGACGUCGUCACUAUGAUGUCUGCCACGGAGCCCGAUGCUCCAGUUCCACCAUCCAACACCCUCUCCUCAGCCACUGCAGAAGGCACGGACAACGAAGACAACACUGAUCACCCACAUCUGCCACGACACAUCGAACUGAUAAGCCUCGGCCACUUUGACGACGUCAAGAUUGCUGCAUUGAAUGGUGCACUCCAAGGCGACGCUUGUUACUGA